AUGUCCCAAGAGCGCGCUAACUUUGCCCGCGAGGUCGCUGAAGUCGAAAAGUGGUGGAAGAGCCCUCGAUUCGCCCGCGUUACUCGUCCGUACACCGCAGCAGACGUUGUUUCCAAGCGCGGAACGCUCCCCAUCCAAUAUCCAUCCAAUGCGCUAGGCCAGAAACUCUGGGGCCUGCUCUCUGAACACGCCAAGCGAGGCACACCCUCUCAUACCUAUGGCGCCCUCGAUCCGGUCCAGGUCACCCAGAUGGCAAAAUACCUCGAGACUGUCUAUGUCUCGGGCUGGCAGUCGUCAAGUACCGCAUCGAGCACGAAUGAGCCUGGCCCUGAUCUCGCUGACUACCCCUCCAACACUGUCCCCAACAAAGUGGAACAUCUCUUCAUGGCGCAACUCUUCCACGACCGCAAACAACGCGAAGCUCGCUCCAACUUGUCGGAUGCAAACCUUGCCAAGACCCCGUACAUCGACUAUCUCCGCCCCAUUGUCGCCGACGCGGAUACUGGUCACGGAGGGCUCACUGCAAUCAUGAAACUGACAAAGAUGUUUGUCGAGAAGGGUGCUGCUGGAAUUCAUAUUGAGGACCAAGCUCCUGGAACGAAGAAGUGCGGUCAUAUGGCAGGAAAAGUACUUGUCCCGAUCUCAGAGCAUAUCAACCGUCUUGUGGCCAUUCGCCUCCAAUACGACAUUAUGGGUGUCGAAAACCUCGCCAUUGCGCGAACGGACUCCGAAGCGGCAACUUUAAUCACGUCCAACAUCGACGAGCGUGACCAUCCUUUCAUUCUAGGCAGCACAAACCCAUCGCUACCUCCACUAAACUCCGUCAUGGUGGAAGCUGAGCGCAAGGGAAAAGUCGGUGAUCAAUUGCAAAAGAUUGAGGAUGACUGGAUCGCUGCCGCCAACCUGCAAUUAUUCCCGGCAACUCUUGCCAAUGCUCUUUCGAAACAAGGUGUUUCGGCGAGCACAGUCGACAAGUUCAUCAAACGAGUCGCCCAUGUGUCCUAUCCUGCUGCCAUUUCUAUUGCUCAAAAGGAAUUCGGGCUGAAGACGGUACCAUACUGGGACUGGGAUAGCCCUCGAACACGUGAAGGUUACUACCGAUACCAAGGGGGAACUCAGUGUGCCAUCGUCCGCGCGGUUGCCUUUGCGCCAUACGCCGAUUUGUUGUGGAUGGAAACCAAAAGCCCAAUUCUGAAGCAAGCUCAAGAGUUUGCUGCUGGUGUGCAUGCCGCGCGGCCAGGUCAUUGGCUGGCUUACAACUUGAGCCCUUCGUUCAACUGGGAUGCUGCUGGGUUGGGCGAGCAGGAAAUGCAAUCGUAUGUUUGGCAACUAGGGAAGCUGGGUUUCGUCUGGCAAUUCAUCACGCUCGGUGGAUUGCAUUCCAACGCCUAUAUUUCGGACCUCUUCGCUAAGGAGUAUGCGAAGACCGGUAUGAAGGCAUACGUGGAACUGGUUCAGCGCAAGGAACGCGAAAUCGGCACUGACGUGUUGACGCAUCAAAAGUGGAGUGGAGCAGACUACGCCGACAACCUAAUCAAGACGGUGACUGGAGGUGUUUCUUCGACUGCAGCGAUGGGGAAGGGUGUGACUGAGUCGCAGUUUGCAGCAAAGUUGUAG